AUGAGUCUACCGAUGCCAUCAAUCAGGUUACCAUUGCCUGAUGAUGGUAGUGAUCCAAUGCCCAGCAUCAAGUCUGUUAUCAAGGGUGCCCAACUUCACAACAUGGACCUGAUCUACAUGUUGAAGUACCAUGCCACUCAAAUGUUCAUCAAGACAUUUGACAGCGUUGCCGACGAGUAUCCCAUUGAUGCUGUCAAGGAAUUGGUCAAGUUCUCAGCCAACUACAACAAUGCAACUGUUUACAAACAUUUGAUCAACAGGACCAAGAUUGACACUGCAUGUAUCUGGUGCGACAUGGUCUUCUUCUUUGGAAACGUGGAUAUCCUUCAGACCUACCUCGAUGCCACUGGCCACCGCCCAUUUCCAAGUCACAUUGUGCAGCACCUUCCACUGGUAGCCGACUCUGGCAGUGUGGAGUUUGCUCGUCUUUUGCUACAACACACGGCAAUCAGUUAUGAUAGUGGCCAAAUAGUCUGCAGUAAUGACUUUGAGAGACGUGGUGUCCGAGUUGACAUGCUCCGAUUGUUCCACGAAGAGUUCCACAUUCUCUUUGUUCACACCGAGCUCUGGAGGGUGGCACUCCUGCACUCUGCCAAGUGCAACAUGUUGGACAGUGUUCAAUACAUCCUUGACAACAUGCCACCAACCGAGAGUGAAUCUUGGGAUCUCGACACUUGUCUCAAACAUUGUGCCAAGUCUGGCAACGCCGCUAUGUUCCAAUCAUUAAUCAAGUCGAAUGAGGGAACCAAGUACCUAAACAAUCGCGACAUCAGAGACUUAAUUGACAUUGCGGCUGAUCGUGGCCAUGAAUCAUUCAUCAAGUACCUCCUCCAACAUCAUGUUGGCAACGGUCACAUCAAUAAGAAUAGUGAGGAUCUGAUUCGCAACCUGCUCGAGAUGCCAUCAUCAUCCUGUGAGUCAACCGAUAUCAACUUGGCCAAGCUUCGAAUCACACCAAUGGCAGCCAUUCGCAAUGAUGACAUUGUGACAGUGGAGUCGUACUCUGAUCACCAAUUCAAACUUGGUUACAAGGUGUGUCGAGAGAUGUCCGAGUCGAUGGCCAAGUUCAUCUCGAGUCCUCGAACAACCAAAAAGUUGCACUUUGGAGACUUCUCAGUCCUCAACAUGAUCAAGGCUGUCGGUAUCCCAGGCAGCAACAUUACACAAGACAUCAUCUGCCAGUUCAUUGUCAACUGCAAUAUCAAGACAAAUCGCCAUAUCGGCGAAUCAAUGGUUUUGGCCAGCAGGUUCUCGACGGAGGUUAUGCAGCUACUCAACACUCACCUCAAGAUCAAUUACAGUGAAUGCAUAAUGAAAGUCAUCAAGAGUAGAAGUCUCGAGACCAUUGCGUUCAUCUUUGAACACACAAAACAGAAGGAUCUUAAGAGUUGCAAAGGAGGUAUCACGAGGACAACAUUCAAGUUUGUGUCCAAGGCAUCAUUGUCCGAGGUCACAUUCUUGUUGGGUCACGUCGGCUUUCUCACCAAUGGUGAUGUUGAGCUGUGUGAGUGGGCCGCUCUCAAUCCUCACGUGGAUGUGUUCGAACAUGUGAUCAAUCAGUACACUCUGGAGCACCUCACUAACAAAGUGAUCGACAAAAUCAUUGACCAAGCGCUCUUGAGCGACAGAGUGGACAAUGUUCGCAUGCUCCAACAACGUUUUGAGCUCGACCCAGCCAAGCCACUGGUCAAGCCAACACUGGACAUGUUGGAUUCAAUGGUCAAGGCAAAUUGUUAUCUCACUCUUGAUCACUACUUCAACUCGACAACAUUCACCAGGAUACCCAGGACACACCAAUUGCGAAUACUCCACAUCAUACACGAUAAGAGCUACCAAAAUGCCACACACCGAGUGAUCAAGGUGUGCAUUGAUCAUAUCAAGUCACUCACUCACGAACAAUCACAAUCACAACCGGUCGAGUCCAAGGCAACACAUGUUGUUGAAGGUCAAGUACAACAGGCCCAUCAGGCAACAUCGUCAUUGAUGGAGACAGCAUUCCACUCAGUGUUCAAUGACACCAAACUUGGAAUGAUGGUCAUGGAACAGAUUGGACGUGUUCACAAGUCACUUGGCAUCGAUGACAAACAUCUGAUCAAAGGAUCACAGUUGAUUGACAAUCAUUGUUUGUUUGAUUACAUCAAAUAUAGUGCCACUGAAUGGUUCCUCAAGUUCUACUCCACACCCAAUAUGGACACAUCGAUUAGCACCAACUACAACUCACGAUUGUUGCUGGAGGCAUUGGUCAGGUGUGACACUCGUGCGGUCGAUGUACUUCUGGCCAACCCCAAGAUGAGGCUCCUAUGUGACCAGUUCACCCAAUACUAUGUUUGGAAUAUAGAAUGCACUCAUCCACAUUGGGAGAGGAUGUUUGAUCAGUUCGUCGAGAUCAUAAGUCAGACGUCACCCACAAUCGAGCUCGAAGAAGAAGAAAUGUCCAAAGUCAGACAUCAUUACUUCGCAAACUCAUUCAAUCUGGAGCCAAACUCCCCACCAUCAAGAAUGAUUUAG